ACACACACACACAAAAAAAAAAAGAAAAAAGGGAAUUCGAAUUGAAGCUUCACCUUUCCCUCUCACGGUUCUCUUUCUUCUGCCGCCUCCACCGCCAUUGAAGCUUCGCCUUCGACGGCUAGAGGAUGAUAAGGUUUUAGGUAUCCAACUGGUAGAGCAUGUUGACCAAAUGCAUGGGACCCAGACAAUUGUUGAUGAGAAAGAGCUUGGUUUAAUGAAUAUCCUGCAUGGAAGGAACCUAUGUCGACACUUUGACACCAUCAUUCCCAAGCAUACAUAUAGAGAAGCCAACAAAUGUGCUGAUCACCUCGCCAAUCUUGGUGCGGAGCUCCCUGAUCGGCUCGUUUCCUUUUCACGUCCACCUACUUCCAUAAGACAGCUUCUUUUUGAGGAUACUACGGGGCUUUCGACCCCACGUUCUGUAAACACUUUGCGUACAACUGACCUAAUUUUGAGAACACCUGGAUGAGCAGCUAUAUCUUAUCAGAUUUGUUAAUAUAUUGUUAGGGAACUGAUGCAAUCGAAGCCGUAUUCUUGGACAAUAUGGAUACCCUGCAACUUUCUGAUGGGAGGUUAUUCUUGAUGAGGCCACGUUUGGGAAAGAUAUAUUUGAACCCUAAAGCGUUUAAGAAGAUGAAGAGACUCCGAAUACUUAUCGUAACUGAGGGGGAUUUCUCUUGCAGCCCGGAUCACCUCCCCAGUGAGUUAAGAUGGCUCGAAUGGCAUCGUUAUCCCUCAUCUUCCUUGCCAUCCAACUUUUCACCAAGUAACCUUGUGGCGCUCAUAUUACCCUGCAGCGGCAUCACGAAAUUAUGGGAUGGUUAUAAGAUGGGUUCAAACCUAACUACCAUCAAUAUAAGCAGAUGCUCAUCCUUAUGUGAAGUUCCUGAUUUCUCAGGAAUGCCGAAAUUUAAGGAAUUGAUUGCACAUCGCUGCACAAGUCUAGUCAAGGUUCAUAAAUCUAUUGGAUACCUGGCAAAGCUUGUCCAUUUAAACUUCCAGGACUGCUCUAACCUUGCGGAGCUUCGGAACAAACUUAGACUGCCAUCGCUGCGACAACUUGUCCUAAGUGGAUGCGAAAGGCUCGACAAGUUUCCAGAUAUUUUGGGAAGGAUGGAACACAUAGAAGCUAUAGAUUUAAGUUGGACUUCAGUAAAGCAAUUACCUCCAUCAAUUAAGAGCCUCACGGAGGUCCAAUCUUUGUGCUUUGCAUUCUGCAGAAAUCUCGAAGCUCUUCCAACCAGCAUUUACCAUUUCCAGAAUCUUAAGCACCUUAAUAUUAGUCACUGCAAAAGGCAUAUUGGCUUUCUGGGGAAGGGAGAAAACAGAAGCCAACAGAAGCCAGGUUUAAACUCUCAUGAAACUCCUAUCUACUUUCCCAACACGGUUCAAUUAGAUUUGUCAGAGAACAGUCUUACUGCUCUUUUGCCAUGCAUUAGUAAAUUUUGUGAUCUGAAGACCCCUUUCUCGGACAAGUCCAAGCAACUUAAAGAUAUCCCAGAGCUUCCACCGAAUUUGACGUAUUUAAGUGGAAAAGAUUGUGAGUCCUUGGAGAUGGUUCAAACUGUGAGCCUGCAAGUGGCAAGGACAAUCAAAAUCAACUUCUCUAACUCCCACAAGUUGGGCCAGAUCAAGUUGCAAGUAUGUUGCUGUCGGAUUGGCAAAGGCCCAUCAAAUCAGGAUGAGGUUGUAUCCUUAGGUCAGGUUAUCCUCUCUCAACAUACUUUUACUACGUGCAUAUGCGUAGGGUCAUCAACACACAUGAAAACUCUUUCUUCUGUAAUAACAGCACCAGGUUGCCUAUACUCGAAUCCAAUAAGAACUCGACCCAAAAGUGCUUCUUUGUAGUUAGCAAUCUGUCUUGCAUCAUCUUUGUCGAGUUUCUAUGGACGGGUCGGUGCUCGUGUAUCUUUCUAGUGUUUAUUGAGAAUAGUUUCUCACGCAGAAGUACCGUUGGGACUAUCAGUUUCGGGCCUUAAUCCCUGGAGGUAACAUCCCAUGCCAGUUUUACGAUCAAAGUAGCAUAGGCGGGAAUCCCUUGUGCUUCAGGAUCUAUUCGAGAGUGCGUGAAAAAUUAGGCGGGCUGUCUCUCUCUGCUGCUUUCUGUUUGGAAAGGCAACAGACAUGGAUCUACUGGUCUCUGUCCAUAAACGGUCACACAUAAGACUCCCUGCAAUAUAUGUUGCUCAUCUGCAAUCAGAUCAUGUCUGGAUGGGUUACCUUCCCUUUACAAAGCGUGUGAAGGAAAAGAUGCAAGAUGGUUCUAAUUAUUUGGUAGUAUCACUCCAGUGGGUUGGUAUAUGUCCAGAAUGAAGGUGACAAGCUGUAGUAUCACUCCAGGGCUAUCAGGUUUCUUUGUCCGGCAAGGCCAAUGAUUGUUCAUGAAGACAACACUAGCAUCCCGGUUGCCGGUGACUUGCAGCUCAGUGAGGGGCCACAAGUAACAUAGGGAGAAAGUAAUGCUUUAGCAGGAGGGCUCUCUUCAAUUACCCAACCAUUGCCUGAAAAGCAGAAGCUGCGUGGGAAAAGACAACUUGGAGCUCGUUCUGGACUGGGCCUCAUGUUAAGACCUUUCAAGAUAAGAAGAAUAAGAAGAUGAAGGGGCGGUGUUGCAAAUCCGGGGAUCGGACCAUCCGAUUACAAUCAACAAAUAUGUCAUGUAUAUCGGUGUUGUUAUCUUCCUCCUUUGAUGUUAUGACUGCAGUGAAUUGGCAAGAAAUAUAAGAAUGGAUCUCAUUGGAAAGUGUCCCAUAUCAGUACCUGAAAUUAUCGUUUACCCGAGAGAGAUUAAUGAAUUUUGAAAUCGUUAAAACGA